ACCAAAACCCUAGCACCUUCCAACUAGGGUUUAAGAGGCAAACCUUUCUCCCAAACAACAGAAAUCCCAGUUCUCACACACGAAAAAAAGGAAAACAGUAUAUAUAUAGUAUCAAUAGAUUUGCCACUGUUUCAGUUAUGAAAUUUCACUGCACCAUAAACUCUUCUCUCCAAAAAUCCAAUCUUAAAAAUGGUGGGGUUUGUAUCUGAACCCUCCACCAUUAAAGAAGAAGAAGAAGAAAGCAACCAAGUUUCUAAAGCUAGAAACUUGGAAGACCCAAUUGAACCUUUUGAUCAAAAGCUCACAAAUUUUGCUGAUUCUUUUCUUGAUUUUGAUUCUAUAGAGGAGUUUUUUGAAGGCCCAGAAAGGUUUAGUUUAGAUUUUGAGAAGAGAAUGGAGAUGGAUGAUAAAGGGCUUGUUGUUAAGGACCUGGUUGUUAAUGGUUCUGAUUCAGUUUUCGAAGAAAAGAAGGGAAUUGUUGAUGGGUCUGAUCUGGGGGGUUUGGUGAAGGUGAAGGAAGAAAGAGUGGAGCUUGAAAGAGGAGGGAGUCUGGGGUGCUCUAUUGAGGAGGAGAUGGGAAGGGUUAGUUUGGUUGCUGAGCUGAGUUUAGUUGUGGUUGAUGGGGGUGCAAAAGUUGUGGGUGAUGAGGCAGAGAUAGGUAAUGGUGGUUUGAUGAAUGGGUCGGGUUCAGAUAUUGGUGACGGUAGUGGUGUGAAUGGUAAAAUAGUGAGUGAUGAAGAGGAGAGCGAAAGUGAAAGCGAGUCUGAAUCGGAGAGUGAAAGCAGUUCAUCUUCUAGUAGCAGUAGUGAUGAUGAUGAUGAUGAUGAUGAACAAGAAGAGGAGAGUGAUCAGGAAGAGGAGGAGAAGAAGGGGGGAGUUAGAAUGGAAGUAAAUAAAGGGUUAGAUGGUUUGGGUGACAUGGAAGAAGGUGAGAUACGGGAUGUUGAUGGAGAGGAAAUGGUUGCUGGGAAUGAUAGUGAGGAUGAGGGUGAGGAGGAGGAGGUGGAGGAGGAGGACGAUGGAUACAAGAUGGUUGAGUGGAGUGAUGUUGAUGAGGAGGAGGAUGCUGCUACGGGAGAGCCUAUUAAGUCGAAGAACGAGGUUCAGUUUCUCCCUCCUGUUCCUCCUGUUCAUGCUUCAUUGGAACUUCAUCAUCAGAUGCUACCUGUUGGAGUUGUUUUGUCGGCUAUAGGUCCCCAGGUUAUAGUACAAGGGGUGGAAAAGCACAAUCCCUUGAAUGAGGGUUCUAUCCUGUGGAUAACUGAAAAGAGAUCCCCGUUGGGGUUGGUAGAUGAGAUUUUUGGACCUGUCAAAAACCCAUACUACGUGGUGAGAUACAAUUCAGAAAGUGAAGUCCCUGCUGGGGUCCUUAAUGGUACUUUGAUAUCUUUUGUUCCUGAGUUUGCCAAUCAUGUGCUCAAUGUCAAGAAUCUUCACAAGAAAGGGUACGAUGCAUCUGGUGAAUACGAUGAAGAGUUAACUAAUGAGACAGAAUUUUCAGAUGAUGAGAAAGAGGCGGAGCACAAGAGGAUGUUAAAAAUGUCAAAGAGAGGAGUCAGUGAUGAGAAAUCUGGAAAAAACAAAAACAAUAGAAGGAAGGUGAAAAAUAGGGGUGGCGGUUGGAAGAAUAAUAAACCUUUGGGGGAGCAAAUGCCAACUGGUGUAGAUCAGCUACCACCCAAUCAAAAUUUGCGUAAUGACUCUGCUGUUGGAACAUCAUUGGCCCCAGUGCCUCGGACAACUGGUGUUUAUGCACCUUCAAAUGGUGUAUGGGCGAAUAUGGUACCGUCUCAGCAGCCUCAGGCUUUAGCAAUUCCAGGUGGUUUUCCAGCUAAUAAUAUGCCUUGGCCUGUACAGAGUCAACUUCAGCAUCCCUAUCAGAUACCAAUGGCAAAUGGUAUGCCAAUUCAGCAACAUUUCAAUCCUGGUCAGAGAUCACUUCCUAAUGCUUUGUUAGCAGGGGGACAACCAAAUUUCUUUGCUGGACCUGCAUAUCCUCCACCAUGGCCUGUAGUGGGAGGACACUACUUUAACCAAGCUGCAUUUGGAACAGGAUUUCAGGUUCAACCUAAUCCUCCAGCUAUGAAUGUGGUAGACCAAGGAAUGGUAUCCACUGGACCGCCUUUAGGACAGAACUGUAGUUUCCAACCACCAGCCAUCCCUCCUGGCAACAUACAAGCUCCUCAGCAAUUCAAUGCAGGAGCCUCUUCCAGCCAUGGAAGAAAACAUUAUCGUAGAGGGGGUGGUCGUUUUUCAGGUGGGAGAGGUAGACAGCCACCAAACUGAUUUUUGUCAUGUUUACGUUUGCACUGUAACAUGUUGAGCUGUAACUUGAAAUAGGCAAUGAGUGGACCUGCAGUGCCCUGCAGGCUCGCCUCCUUUGUGUAAAUUAUUUUACGUUAAUGGAUGUCAGAGAAAAUGUUUGCUA